AUGUCGGACAGGGACGAGCUCCUUGCCCUCAUGGCUGACGGCGACGCCCCACCAAGCUUCUCGCCGUCGCUAGGCACCUGCAGCGUCGACAGACAGUCACCGGCUUCAUUGUUCAGCGACGCGAUGCCUGCUGACUGUACCGGCCGCUGCACUGCGACACCCUCCGCUGUCAAUGCGUUGCCUUCCUCGGCAGGGGUGAUGAGCGGCGCCAAUACCACUUCUGUCGUGCCGCGGCUCUCAUCGCCGGACCGCCUCCGAAUGCGGACAUACAAGGUGCAAAAGGAGCUACAGGAGCUCAUCACGCAGCACAACAACCGGCACGAACGCCUGCAGAACCUUAGAGCCCGUCAGUCCGUUUCACGUGGAUCGUGUACAGCAUCGCAGCGCCGCUCCACUGAGAGUUCGUCCUUCCGCCCCAAAUCCUUACUCAAAAAGACAGAAGGCCCUCAGCUGCCAAACCUGCGCAAGUGCUUUGAAGAGGCUCGCACAAAGUACCUUAUGGAGACAGAACGCAAAAAGAAAGUCAUGCCACCGCUCUACUCAUCGCAUAUUCCACGAAAUGAGGACAAAGCAGACAGGAGGCAGCAGCGGGAUAUCAUGAAGGACCCCGACUCGUUUGGUCUCCGCUUCUUCAGCCACGCCCACGCUAAGGAAGCCCAACAGCCUAGAAGGCACAUGUAA